AUGACUUUGUUUGCCGGAGUCUGUAUUGUUCCUGACGAUGGAUGACAGUGCAAGCACAAGAAAAUCAGUGUGAGUACGAAGCAGUUCAGGGACUUUGUAUUUGAGUAAAAACUUGGACAGCAGUGUUGGUCUCAGGUCUGGAUUCAGUCUUCAGCUCGUGCUCGGGUCGGUGCGUCGUGCUGCAGCUGCGGCCAUCAUAUGGAAGCAGCAGCGUGCACGUGAAAUGACAGUGUGGGAAACUUCUCCUAAAGUGCCAUGUAGCACACCAACACAACUCGGAGCGUCUUUUAGGUGAAGGGAGAACUUUCUCUGUUACGGCAGCACUUCAACGGGACACGAUGCUGAAUAACUCCGAUAAUAACGAACAUCCAGCCGGGGAGAGCAGCGGAGACGAACCGAGCAGAGGGGGCCACUCCGAGCUGGUCAUGUAUCUUACCUGUCUACCGGAGAGAUACCGAAUCGCCAAGUUCACCCUGGCGGCUCACCUGCUCUGCUGGGCCCUUCUCAGAUGGUACCAGAAACUCAGAUGCCAGUCUGCUCCAUUUGAGCCCCAGGCUGCCCUUGAGGACUCCCCCCACACUGCACAAUUAUGCUUGGUGGAGGGCAAUUUGUGUCCUGGCUCACUGGAAUGGUGUGAAAACGGCGGUGGAGAGGCUGACACAUCUGACGACUUUUUUGACUUCCGCUCUUGCCACAGUGACACCCUAUCGGAUUUAAGUCCCGAUGAGGAGGACACUUUGGAUGCCCUACUUGGACAAGAGGACACCUUUGUUGGCCAACAAGCAUCUGGCAACAGCGUCCACAUUAGACAGAGUAAAGCCAGACGGAGAGAGUCCGUGACGGCUAAGGACUCCUGCAGAAAUGCAACAGGGACUUUUUCUGAAAAAUCCACUUGUAGCAGGAGAAAAAGCCCAGAGAGCCAUGCUGACCACGCUACUCCCUCGAAGCACAGCACAAGGGACUUUUGCUCAGUUGAGAUCCGACCCUUUCAAAGAACGGUGGACUUUAACCAAGAACAGUCCCCUUUACAGGAUGUUAGAACUGAAACUCAUGUCAAGGAAACCACAGAGCCAUACAGUUCGCAUGCACAAAGCCAACAAAACACCUUUGACACAAAGGUAAAUAGUACAAAAGACACUCAGGAAGUGAAUGCACUGGCUAAUGUAAGCAAUUCCACCAGAUGUGAUGGAUCAACAGACUCCGAUACAUUUGUGAUACAUAUAGAUCCCACAGGGGACAAGACUGUGGAGUCACAGCAGCAGCAAAGAAAGGAAGUUAAAAGUUUACAGCAAGAACAAACUGAUAAAGAAAUAUGGGACACAGUAGAAGACGGAUUUCAAACGUCGUUUUUGGGAAACACGGCAUUAGGCAGAUGCAUCACUGACAAUGAUGAUCAACAUUACUGGGGAAGAAAUGUGGACCUCCAGGGUGAAACCAAUGAAGACUUUGAGAAAGAGGCUAGAAGAGUGCACAGUGAGGAUAGAAAUGACAUGUGCAAGAGUGCAGGUGCAUGUUUUACUAAAGCAUGUCAGAAAAUAGAGUCUGAUUGUAAGAGCAAUACAUGCAUAACUUGUAAAGAUUUCCCUGAUGUAGACGUACAAACAUUUAACAGCACUUUAGCACCAUCAUGCUGUAAAUCUGAGAAAAGAUACUUCAAAACAGAAACUUCUGAAGCAAGUCCAGACAUCGCAGAGUCAAAAGGUGCACCACAUACCAUGAUGUCUGAGCUUAGGGCCACACUUGAUAUGCAAAUCAGUUCAUUGGCUCACAAGGUGGAUACUUGUCGCUCAACAUCUCAUUGUGAGGAAAGCACAAAUAGACAUUUGACAGACUCUCAGGUUUGCACAUGUGAAACAAAGCCCAAGGAUACGGAAUGGGUUUCACAUGUCUGCUUCCAGACGGAUGAUAUGGGAUGUUUUGGUGCUUCAGCAGAUGGAACUAAACCACCUGGGACUGUUAAUGAAAUCUGUUCUUCAAUCACAUUUUCCAAGGAAACUACAGCCUCUUUUCCAUUGGAUUUCUCUGUAAAGCCAACUGUUGAUCCAAAACUUCCAGUUCCGGUCUUGCUUGUCCCAUCAACAGACUCGAGCAAGAGGGAUCUCACUGAGAUGCAAGUAGAUCAAAAACAAUCUCAGAGCACAAGGUUACAACCACUGCAAGUUCCAGAUCCAGCUCAGGAUGUAAUCCCUAAUCACUUGGAUCAGACUACUGCUGCAAUAGAAAUAUCCACUCACAGGAAACUCAAAAUCUCUUGCUCUGUAGGCAAUGAGUCCCACUCAGUUAAAGUCAAAUCGGACACUGAUAAAGAGUCUGAAGAGUACCUGCCUCAUCAUGCAUCCUCGAAAAAUGUUCUGCUUUCUUCUGCAAACCAAGAUACAGAGAGUAUCUCCCCUGUGGUGUUGAGAAAGUUUGAAAGAGAGAGAAGGAAGCUUGGACCAACCUGCUCUCUUGUCUUGCACAGUAAGAAGCCAGAGGGCGGCCGUGAUUAUCUCGACCAGGAAGAAACUGUUGAAGCAGUAAGCAAAAUUGAUUAUUCAGUUUCACAACUUAGCACAACAGAGCCUCAAAUAGUUCCCAUAGCUUCUGCCAGUGAUAUAGAUGUGCCUUGUGUGCCUGGUGAGAUACGAAUGACAUUGACCUGUCCUGAGUCGACUCUGGACAGCUGCAGAAAAGACAUUGGCCUAGAUGAUGAAGCUCAGAAGGUUGUUUCCUACACAAAUACCAGCACAGUUUCUAGUCAAUUUAAACAGGUUUAUCACAAGCAUAACGGCUCUGAACGUCCCUGUAGCCCUCUAGCCUCUGUGUGUCUAUUCUCAGACUCUAAUAAUAACACUAGGACAAGUUUGAAAGGUGUGGAGAGAGGGGACAACGUUGGAUGUUUCCCAGGGGAAACCCAAGGCACCUAUCAAAGCAAUGGGAAAAUAAUUUGUCCCUUUGUUGGGCCAUCAAAUGUGGAAUCUAGCUUGGAGACCACAGGCAAGCCCCAGAUGUGCCGGUCUUUGCACGACCAAAGACACACCUGGAGCAGUGAGCACAUUUACCUUGAUAACUCCUGCAGUUUAAGCUUUGCUCAAAAAACAGAGAGUAAGAAGAUAGAAAGAGAUGGAAGUCCCAAUUCUUUAGUGUUCACUUCAGAAAGCCCAGGCCUGUUAGCAGAAAUAGAAGAACAUUUUCACUGUUGUGUUGAGAGUUUACCAGACAGAGGAACAAUUGGCUCAUCCCAAACUUUUUUGGACAAUGCACUGGCCGAUGAGUGGAAAGACCACAUACAGGUCAGCUUGCCAGCUCCACAGCAGGAAGUGGGGCUAGUUGGGUACCCAAACCUUGAUGUCAACCACAGCCUGCUUGCGGUCAGUAGUUUAGAUACAAUUCUGGAGGCUGGGCGUUUACUAGAAAACUGCAAAACAGCAGGCACUGAUUUUAAAAAAGUAGCUAAGGAAGACUUUGGGACCAUGGGGCCUACUUAUGAAUUUAUGGAUGAUCUGGACAUUUCUAGUCUCGAGAGUCCACACUGUCAGCAAGACACUUCUGAGUUAGAAUCCAAUUACAACAUUGCAAACCAAGAGCACUGUAGACCUAUGAAUUGUGCCUAUGAUGCUGUGUCUUACACCUCUGCUAGCAGCAGCUGUGAUGACUUGGAGAAUCCUAACUUUGCUCUUUCAGCCAAAAACUCCAGCACUGACAAAAUGAUCAAGAGAAGCAAAACAAAGGGCUACCAGAUGGGAAAACAAAGCUCUAAGUUUUCCGUCUUUUCCAAAAUCCCUUCCUUAAAGAAGGCUAAGGGCGCGAAGGGUUCCAAGAGUGAGGAGGUACCCAAAGAGGUAUCUGAUGGAGGAGGUGAGGGUCUUCUGAUUGAGCAAGACAGUGAGGUUUCUUUUAAAGGUGACAUCCUCUGCCAGCCAGUUAUACAGUUAUCCUCAUUGCAUUGUGAUGCCGAGGAAGAGGACUAUGGCUUUUUUUCUUCUAUCCCGCACACUUGCCAUGUUCGUCACGUCACCAGUGAGGGGAACAGCAUGGGAGAUAAUGGAGUACCAGGUCCUGACAGUCCCCUCUUUGGGCAGGUCCAGUCACCUACUGGGGAGGCUUACAAGAGAAGCAAGAGCAAUGACAAUUUAAACAUCCGCAUGCGCUUUGCACAAGCACAGAAGUCGUUUUCCAGCCUGUUUGAGUCCCGUUCAGUUGACAAGGAGAAUGAGGAACAGGCUACUGUUGGCAUUGAUAUUGAUCCUGGUAAAACAAAACAAUCCUGGAGAAGACUGAAAAAGGCCAAGCAAGCUGAGAUGCUUAAAAGAACUCGUUCAGUGCCAGACGGGGAAUGUAUAAGUAAGGCCUCUGGGAAUGAAUGCAGAGACUUUACAUCCUCUCCACCUCUGCCUAGGCACAGCGGUCAGAGGUCACCUUCCUCUCUCCGAGCACUUUGCCACACUGAUCCGCUCUCAAAGCGUGGAGUUCCUCAAGGGAGUGAAAAGGAAAACUACCAUAGGUCUAAAUCUGAGGGUCAGCAGAGAAAAUGGUCAUUAGGUGCUCAACCUUCCGCAAUUUUUAUGUCUAGUUCACCUCCAGUAUUAAAUAACUCUGAUUCCUCCCUGUCCAGACAAACCAGCCCCUUUUCACCUUUGAGCCCCUGCUCACUUGGUUCCCUUGCUCAUCAGGUUUCACCCCCCCACACCAGGUACCACCCUGCAGCUAGUGAGGGCUACACUGGAAGCCCCCUGAGACCAAUGAGCCCUAAACCUCACAGCCCUAAAUUAGCAGCUCAGCGGAAAAUGUAUUAUUAUCCUCAUCUCGCGAAGUCUAGUUCUUUCUUACCUGUUCUUCUGGGCCAGUCGGUCAGUGUGGAGGGAUUGAAAGACCCCCCUGAGAGACCCAAAACCCUAAAACCCUCAGCUAACUCUCUGGAACUCAGCCUCAACCCCCAGGAUUUGGCCGAAAGCAGAACCGACUGCCAUUCACACGUCAGUCUGUAUGCCAUUGGCUACAUCAACGGAGAAGAGGGAACGCAAAACGGUGGCUAUCCUCCCCGCCAGAUCAGAACAAGAAAGCAGCUGAUGGGGAUGACAGAGGGGAAAGCUUCUAUGGUUCCUGCUUGGUUGAGGAGUGGCCGCUGGGUGGACGUGGACCAUGAUGGAAGUAGCCGACAGCAAAGGAGAAGGUGUUCAGACGACCUCUGGAUUGAAGAGCAAAAGAAAAACAAACGUAAACUGGCCAGAGUUAUCAGAGGGAGCCUGGACCAACUCAACACAAUGUUAUCUCAAGAUAUGGACAAAACUGAUGCUGGAGUUGCUACAGGGCCCACCAAAGCCUUCCGGGGCAUGCCCCUCAAGGCCCAUUGCUUUUCCCAAAGCACCCCCAUUGGUCUUGACUGCCUGGGCUGGAGGAGCCGCUUCUCCUACUCAUCUGUGGUUGUUCCUGAUGGGGCAUCAGAGAAGGCCGGGCUUGGGGAUGAAUUGGGCAGUGAAGAGGACUUGCUGUAUGAAGAGUUUCGUGGAUCUGGACAUCGUUUUGGACACCCGGGAGGAGGAGGGGGAGAACAGUUGGCCAUCAAUGAGCUGAUCAGUGAUGGCAGCGUGGUGUAUGCUGAGGCUCUCUGGGACCAUGUCACCAUGGACGACCAGGAGCUGGGCUUCAAAGCUGGGGAUGUCAUCGAAGUAGUGGAUGCCACGAACAAAGAGUGGUGGUGGGGUCGCAUCAUGGACAGCGAGGGAUGGUUUCCUGCCAGCUUUGUGCGGUUGCGUGUAAACCAGGAUGAGCCUAUGGAGGAGUAUCUGGCCCACCUGGAGGAGGCUCAGACAGGAGAUAAGGACCGGGCAGGGCGGGGCUUGUUGCUGGGACCUGGUUUACCCUGCAAAGAACAAAUGAGGACCAAUGUUAUCAAUGAGAUCAUGAGCACAGAGAGAGACUACAUCAAACAUCUGAAAGACAUCUGUGAGGGUUAUAUCAAACAGUGCCGCAAGAGGACAGACAUGUUCAACGAGGAGCAGCUUCGUACUAUCUUUGGCAAUAUUGAAGAGAUCUACCGAUUCCAGAGAAAGUUUCUGAAAGGUCUGGAGAAAAAGUUCAACAAGGAGCAGCCCCACCUCAGUGAGAUUGGCUGCUGUUUCCUAGAACAUCAAACAGAUUUCCAGAUCUAUUCAGAGUACUGCAACAACCACCCCAAUGCCUGCGUCCAGCUCUCCAAGCUUAUGAAGGUCAACAAGUAUGUGUUUUUCUUUGAGGCCUGCCGACUGCUCCAAAAGAUGAUAGACAUUUCCUUAGAUGGCUUCUUGCUCACCCCUGUUCAGAAGAUCUGCAAGUACCCACUACAGCUGGCUGAGCUGCUCAAAUACACCAACCCUCAGCACAGGGACUACAAAGAUGUUGAGGCAGCCUUAAAUGCCAUGAAGAACGUGGCCAGACUUAUCAAUGAGAGAAAACGGCGACUUGAGAACAUCGACAAGAUAGCUCAGUGGCAGAGCUCAAUAGAGGACUGGGAGGGUGAAGAUGUCUUGAGUAGGAGCUCUGAACUUAUCUUUUCUGGGGAGUUGACCAAGUUGUCCCAGCCUCAAGCGAAGAGUCAACAGAGAAUGUUUUUCCUCUUUGACCAUCAGAUGGUUUACUGCAAAAAGGAUCUCUUACGCCGGGACAUGCUGUAUUAUAAGGGUCGGAUGGACAUGGACCACAUGGAGGUUAUAGACGUGGAGGAUGGCAAGGAGAAGUACUUCAACAUCAGUGUGAAGAACGCCCUGAAGCUACGGUCACUAGUCAGUGAUGAGGUCCAUCUUUUGUGUGCCAAAAAGCCCGAGCAGAAACAGCGCUGGCUCCGAGCUUUCACUGACGAAAGGAUGCAAGUCCAACAUGACCGUGAGACAGGCUUUUCUCUCACAGAGGUCCAGAAGAAACAGGCCAUGUUGAAUGCCUGCAAAAGCCAUCCAGCUGGGAAACCCAAAGCGGUGACCAGACCGUACUACGACUUUCUCCUGCGACAGAAGCACCCCUCCCUACCCACUGCUUUACCCCAGCAGCAAGUCUUCAUGCUUGCCGAGCCCAAGCGCAAAACCUCCACUUUCUGGCAUAACAUCGGAAGACUGACACCUUUCAAGAAGUAAAAACAACCCAGAAAGAAGAAGAAAAGCAGCGGAGGGAGGGAACAGAGGAGGAGAAAAAGAGCUUUCUGCUCGUGCCUGAAUUGACCCUUUUGAAUUCUUCCCCUCCUUUCUUUCUUACAUACUCCUAACAUUGCUCUAAUUGUCAUACUGAUUUAUUGUAUAGAUGAAGAAGAUUAGGAUGAGAAGAUUAUUUUUGAAAGCACUUUAUAGGUUGGUUAACAAUCAGAUUAAAUUAUGGUCUCCUGGAGUGAAAAAGGGAGAGUGGACUACUACUUCUACACCUUCAAUCAAGCGCCGAUUGGUAACAUUAACAUUACUACUGUACUGCUGCGAGUGAACGUGGAACAACUGACUGUUUUCAUCCCAAUGAAAAUGGCGGCUGUCUGCAAAACGAUUUCAUUUUUUUCUGUUUUACUUUUUUAUGGUUUGACAGAUGCCAAGUGCUCACAGUGCCCAAGUUUUUGUUUUUAUAUUUGUUUAUUUUAUGUCUACAGUUAAAGAAAUGCUAAAAUAGGGAUUGUAUUUUUUGUGUCUACAUUGAAAAAAUAAGGGCAUAUGGGAUUGAAAUUUACUUUGCUUUACCAUUUGCAAUGAUAUUAUUUCAGUCAAAUUUCUGCUGGAUUGUUGAGUAUUUUGUGACCUCUAUCUACAAAAAUUUUGUUGUGUAUGUCUGGUGCAUUUGUGACAUUGUGCACACUUGAUAAAAGUCAAAAUGCUGCCAAUGCAAUUAUAAUAGAAACUUUAAUUUCAACAAACAGCAGAAAUGUACACACUCCAGCGACACAUUCCUCGAGUCUGAUCCUUGACUCCUCCUUAGAACUACCAUGUCAGUGAGGUAAACAAACAAGCCGUUUCUCUUCUUUUUCCUUUUUUUUAAGUGCCAUUUGAAGUGUGUCAAUGAUGAUUUACAAUGACGUGCAUGGAUGUGAAGAAAAAAACUGUGAAGAAUAUUUUUUUAUCUCUGAAGACCCCUGCUAUAUUUAACUACAUUCAGGAACCAAUGAUUCUGACAGCAUUAAUGACAUUCUUUUAUCUACCUGUGCUUCUGAUAUCAUGUACUCCUGCUCUCUGUAUCCGGUCUUUAUAAUAAUCUCAUUUCAGAUCAAUGCAGCCCAGUGAUAUUGCUCUGUAAGUGCAUUUAGUGAAAUGUACUCCUUUCACUUUUAUGUUCAAGUGUUUUCGCUUCUGAUAUGGAAUAUUAAACACUCCUAAG